AUGCCCGUCGCGAGCGUCGCGCCGUUGCGUACGUCGUUUCGUGGCGUGAACGCGAACGGGAGCGACGCCACCGGGGAGCGUCGUCGCCUCCUCUCGUUUCGUCGCGCUCCAUCGCGCGCGCGCCGCGAUGAAGCGGUAAACGCUCGCGUUCGAGCGAGUGGGACGUCUGUAGAACCGAGUGUGGAUGAAGACGAUGAAGAAGUCGACGUCACGGUGACGUCUACGUCGGACCGGUUGGAGGCUCUUUUAAACAAAGCUUCCACGUCGCCGGUGAACGUGCAUGACAUAGAACAGUUUUACCCGUACGAAUUAGAUGGAUUUCAAGUCGAAGCCACUGAAUUAUUGCUACGCGGGUCAUCGGUCGUGGUGUCAGCGCCGACGGGGAGCGGGAAAACUUUAGUCGGUGAGACGGCGAUUUUAACUGCGCUGGCGCGCGGAGAAAAGGCGAUAUACACGACGCCGUUGAAGGCGUUAUCGAAUCAAAAGCUCAGAGAGUUUCAAAAGAUUUUCGGUAAAAGACGGUGUGGGUUAAAGACUGGUGAUGUGGACAUCAACGGCGAUGCUGACGUCAUGAUUAUGACGACAGAAAUUUUGAGGAAUAUGCUCUAUUCAAGCGCUGCAGGUGGCCGCGACGACGAGCGACUCGCCGACGUGAGUAUCAUCGUUCUCGAUGAGGUGCACUAUCUCGCAGAUAGAUCCCGAGGAACAGUGUGGGAAGAAACAAUUAUUUACUGUCCUUCUCGCAUUCAACUUUUGUGUCUGUCCGCGACAGUCGGUAAUCCAGAGGAUUUGUCGGGCUGGAUUGAGGAAGUUCACGGCGAAUGCGAAACCGUCGUGUCAAGUUACAGACCUGUUCCCCUCACUUGGCAAUACAGCAUGAAGCCGUCGCGCAUGUAUCCAGGGUUGGGACCUUUGAUGAAUUUCAAAUCCACGAAAAUUCACCACGAUCUACGACCUUUUACGCGCGAAGGUCUUCAACAAGGAUCGUACGGUAACAACGAUUGGGCACCGGAUGCGCAAAGAGGCGCGAAAGAGUCUGAGCGCGUUCUCAGAAGGCGCUUCGUGCCUCACGUCGAAACCACGGUACAGCAGCUCAUCGCGAGCGAUAUGAUUCCCGCCGUGUGGUUUAUUUUUAGUCGUAAAGGUUGCGACCAAUCUGUCGAUUAUCUCGUGCAGGCCGGCGGAAAUCUCGUGACGAGCAAGGAACGGCGAGAGAUUGAUGAUGCGUUGAAAGAAUUUUCGGAGAAGAACAAAUCUGCUGUGCGAGCAAGCAUGGUUGAGCCUCUAAGACGUGGCAUAGCGUCACAUCACGCCGGGUUGCUUCCAGCGUGGAAAGGUCUAGUAGAGAAAUUGUUUCAGCGAGGACUAAUCAAGGUGGUUUUCGCUACGGAAACACUCGCCGCAGGAGUGAACAUGCCGGCACGAUGUUCCGUGUUAAGUGCGCUUUCCAAGCGAGAUGAUCAAGGUCCACGACUACUAACUUCCAAUGAGUUCAUGCAAAUGGCUGGUCGAGCGGGCCGUCGUGGGUUUGACACCGUUGGCCACGUCGUGUGCUGUCAGUCACCAUUUGAGGGCCCGGACGAAGCUUUCGAGCUCGUUCUUGCGCCACCUGAAAACUUGAAGUCGCAAUUUUCUAUUUCUUACGGUAUGGUUUUGAAUUUACUCCAAGGUAGAACGCUCGAUCAAGUCAAGGGAAUCGUGGAGAGAAGUUUUGGCAACUACCUUGGUGGUAAGGCGCGUUCGAUGCGCGAGCGCGAACUUCUUCGUGUCAAUGAUCAGAUCAGAAAACUGGUGAGCGAGAUGGAGACACUCGAUGAUGAUGAAGAAGCCGCGGAGUGGAGACGUUUCGUGAAGCUGGAUGAACGGCUACAUGAAGAAAAGCGCUUGCUAAAAAUCUUGAUUCGGCAAUUAGCUGAAAUGCGGGCAAUUGAAACGCGGGAUCAACUACAGUUCGAGCUCGAACAGACGGGUGCUCCAGUCAUCUUAUUCGGCGAUUCCGACGAUGAAAGUCAAAACGAUGAUUUUUUGCAGUCUUUUGACGACGACGACGGUAAGUUCCCCAGAGGUCUCAUCACCGCCGCAAUCGUCGAGGCUGUUCCGGCGAUGAAAAUUGCGGCGACUGCGAGCACAAUCGGUAAGCCAUAUCCGAUGGGCGAAUUCACCGCCCUAGGAAAUGAUGGUGUCUGGUACCGUUUGUACUCCGAUCGAGUAAAAUCUAUAAGCCUCGGCGCCGAUGCGGUGCGCUUGGAAAGUUUUGGCGACAUCGGCGUGCCGCCGGCUUCGAGCAGUCUUCGAUGGAUCCGCGCGAGCGGCGGAGGUUUGUGGAAGGCGGAUGUGUCUAAAAAGACCAAGUUGGUCGCUAAUGGGAUACCAACUAACUUGAACGACUUUGAAAUGAUCGUCGAAUCGUCGGAUUCGAUGGAAUUUAUCGACGCGCAGAAGUUACAGAUUCAAAAGACGCGCGAGGAGAUAAACGGCUUGAAAAACAUCGCCACCUUGCGCCGCGCUGCGAAGCAGCAAAAGCGGGCGGAGACGAAACUGAAAAAGCUAAAAGAAAAACGUGAUGGAAUUGAAAAACGUAUCAAAGAGUAUUCUGCCGCGGGCUGGGACGAUUUCUUGAGAGUUGUCGAUAUUCUUGUCGAGUGCGGCGCGAUCGAGAGAGACACCCUAAAAUUGUUGGAGUUUGGUGAGACCUGUGCUGACUUGAGAGGGGAAAAUGAAUUAUGGCUUGGCAUGGCUAUGUCUUCGCCGAGUAUCGAGAAUUUGGACGCCGCGACUCUUGCAGGUUUUGCAGGGGCGCUCUGUAUGGACAACCGUCCGGCUACAUGCUACUACGGCGCUUCGCAACACCUCGUCGAAGUGCUUGAAGAGCUCGAACCGGAGAUGGGCGACCUUCAGUACUUGCAACAAUCUUCUCGAAUCGACAUGCCUCUGAGCUUGAGUUUCGAGAUCGCGGCGUUGGUAGAGUCAUGGGCAUCGGGAACGUCGUGGGACCAGAUACGCCGUGAUACUUCCUUAGAUGAGGGAGACAUCGCUAGAUUGUUUCGACGAACUGCAGAACUUCUUGCGCAAAUUCCGCGCACCGCACAUCUACCGGAGAGUCUCAAAGCGACUGCAAAGAAGGCGAACGAUGUCGUCAAUAGACCUCCGAUUAGUGAUCUUUCUUGAUCAUUAUCAU